AUGGGCAAGCGCGACCACAGCCACUCGUCUCUCUCGCGCGCAUGUCAUGUCUCGCACUGCAGCCUGGCGCUAUCACAGCAGACAUGGGUGUGCACUAGGUCUCCCAACAUUGAGUAUUGGCCGGCUCGUCAUCCAGCGUGGCUAUUUUGGGCUGUUUCGAGAAGCUCGUCAGCUUGA